UGACGUUUUAAAGUUGAUUCGCGGCAUGACAGAUCCGCGACGGAAUCACGAAUCAAAAUCGACUGAUGUAAACAUUGAAGUUUUCUUGGGAUUUUUUUUCGAUUAGUAAUAAAAUUACAACAAAAUAUCCAUUGAAAACAUCGUUUUUCUAUCGUGUUUAGCAAAUCACCAUCAUCCACUAUUAGCUAAGCGUAAUAAUAAUUCUUCCAGCCCCCGAUUGUAACCCAAAGCAAAGGAAUCCAAAGUGGCGCAGUUCGGCGUUGGAGGUAAAAUGAGACGUUCCCAGGGCUAUGCUUACCAGCCGCUGGCCCAGAAUCCGGGUCCCAGUGGGAUGGCCAAUGGUUCCAGCCACCAAAGUCACGAUGCCCUGGAGGAGGAAAACGAACGGAUGGCCGAAGAACUGAAGGGGAAAAUCGGAGCUCUGAAAUCGUUGACCAUCGACAUCGGAAGCGAGGUACGAUAUCAGGACAAGUUGCUGCGGGGCAUCGAUGAGGACAUGGACCGGACGGGUGGAUUUAUGUCCAACACAAUUUCGCGAGUCGUGAGGCUAGGGAAGGGGGGCCACCGGAACUAUAUGUGUUAUAUGUUUCUGUUUGUGCUGUUCGUGUUUUUUAUUUUGUUCGUGAUAUUGAAAGUAAGAUAGUUUAGAGGGAUAAUUUGGGCCGAGUAGGGGUGGGGAUACGUAUUUCAUAUUGUUUAUUAUUUUUUACGAUGGAAAUGAACAUUUAAUCGAAAUAGUGAAUAAUUAAAUAUUAUCUAUAGUUA